CAGACGCCGCGGCUUGCUGCGAGCGUUGUCGUUCGAAAGACGGGUGUAACGUUUGGGUCUUCUGCGGUGACGCGGAAGGCUGCGGCGCGAAGGUUGGCCAGUGCUGGCUGAAGCGGCAGACUCUGUACGAGGGCCUUCCCCCGGGGGCGAUGUCUCGGGGUGACGGUACGCCGUGGAUGUCGGGCCACCUGCCGAGAUACUCGGACCCUAAAGAUGACCCGACGGGAGGUGUCGACGUGGAGAUGAGAAAGGUGGACAUCGCGCUGGUCGAGUCGACUCCUCCGGCUCGACCGCGGGAGUGCGGCUCGCCCGCGGUUGACGGGUACUCGCACGUGGUUCCCGACUGCCUGGUCAAAUCACGCACCAACGUCGAGUUCGAUCGGUCGGAAGCGGCGCGGUCAGAGCAGGUGGCGUGGUACGAGGAACACGCGAGCUACGACGGUUUGGCGGUGGCGUGGGGAAUAGGACACAGAAAACCGACGGCGGCGGCUUGCGCGGCGGCUUGUCGGGCACACAAACCUGGACCUCCUCACCACGGUCCGUUCGCUGAUUUGCCCUGCAACGCGUGGGUUUGGUGUCCGGUGAUGGAGACGAAAGGAUGCUUCGAACCGGACGCGCACACCCACGGACCCGGGGACUGUUGGCUCAAGUUCACGGAGACGCCGGAGAACGUGGAGGUGAAUCAACGGGGCGCGAACGACGCGCCGGGGACGGUCAAGGAUGGCGCGACGUACAGGAAAAGGCACCCAGACGCUCCGAGGUUGGCGCACUGGACCAGCGGGGUGAUGCUGCCGCCGGGAUGGACGCCGUCGAACGGGACGUACGGUCCUAGGGCGACGUGGUAGAGAGCUUAGAGGUGGUUGACCCGAAGGGACCUCCCUUCGACGGUUCUUAGAAGAUUAUUCGCAGACCUGUUGUACG